GUAUAAUUAAAAUUGCAUUUGUGCUCUAUAAAGUAUUAUAUGGACACGUUUGCACUAAGGGUUAUAAUUAUUCCACCAACCAAAUGCUGAAAUUGUUUCGUUUUGAAGUUUUCUAUAAAUGAGGAAAUGCAUGUGAAUGAGUGACCAGCAGCAUAUAAUAACAGCUUCCAGAAAGUAAGGGUGCUUUUAUACCUGAUUAAUGCAGUGGAUACUUAAUGUAUGAUUUUUGACAUUUGAAUAAGGUUUUUUUUUCCUACAGUAGAUGAAAAAAGGGUGUGGAUUUGAGGAAUCAGGUCAAUUUCACAGGAAUGGUUUAUAAGAUUUCAAUUUUUUUAAAGUUUAUAUUGCAGAUGGACAUUUUAUAUUUUUUUAAUCGAGUAGCUAUAUUUUAGUACUUAUUUGUAGGUUUGGAAUUACCAUUUCUAAUAACACUCAAAAUAUGUACAGAUAUUUUGUUUUGCCACAACUAAUGUAUAUGAGGGCUGGCUAUGUAUUUUUUUGCACAGUUGCAUGGAGAUAGAUUGCUCUAGAAGUUUAAAACUUCAAUAAUACGCUUCAUGCAAACUUACUUUUUCAGUUCUAGUAUUGCAGUUCCACACUUAUAUAAAAUGCUUACAUAAGAAUUAUGACUAAUCAUAAAACUAUUGGUGACAUUUUUUUCUGUUCUAUGAUUCAUUGUUUGUAUAUGUUGUACUAUCUUGGGGUGGGGGACUUUGUAUAGCUGCUGAAAAAAAAUUAUAUAAUGACUGAACAACAUAGUAAAGUUUAUAAAUAUAUCCAGGGUGAGUUUGUUUGUUUUAGCUGUACCAUAUCGGGUUGAAAGCAGAAAAAUACCGUCACUUUCUCUUGAUGCUUUUCCUGACUGAAACACAAAGACUUAUUCAACCUUACAAUUAGCAACUGGUUCUUUCAGAGAAUGCCACACAGAUUGCAUAAAUCUGCACACAUUUAUGUUAAAUAAAGACAGCGAAGACACUUCCCUAAGGUCAAAGAAUUUCCUGGGUUUGUAGUAGCAGCAGCCACCACCCAAGCAAAAUGACAAGCAAGAAGAUCAGCCUUCCAGCAAAAUUAAUCAAUGGAGGUAUAGCUGGCCUUGUGGGGGUAACUUGUGUGUUCCCUAUUGAUUUGGCCAAAACCCGUCUCCAGAAUCAGCAAGGACGAGCAGUCUACACAGGCAUGCAAGAUUGUUUGGUGAAGACAAUACGCUCAGAAGGGUUGUUUGGCAUUUAUAGAGGGGCUGCUGUAAACCUCACUCUUGUCACUCCUGAAAAGGCGAUCAAGUUGGCAGCCAAUGAUUUCUUCCGACAGUUGCUCUCCGUGGAUGGAAAAGAAUUGUCCUUGGCCAGGGAAAUGCUGGCUGGCUGCGGAGCUGGGACAUGCCAGGUGGUGGUCACAUCCCCGAUGGAAAUGUUGAAAAUUCAGCUUCAGGAUGCUGGGCGGCUAGCUGCUCAUCAGCAGAAAGCCCUGGGGCUGGAGAAAACAGCUGCUGCCUCUUCUCAUCCGCCACAAGGACAGCCUUACACCACUGGAACUCUGGCGGCCUCCAAACGCCCUUCUGCCACUAGGAUUGCAAGUGAACUGCUGCGCACUCAGGGGAUAGCAGGCCUGUAUAAAGGGCUUGGGGCCACCCUACUCAGGGAUGUCCCUUUUUCCAUCAUUUAUUUUCCACUCUUUGCCAACCUUAACAAGUUGGGACAAAAGACCUCUGAAGAAAAAGCAUCUUUCUUUCAUUCAUUUCUGUCUGGCUGUGCGGCGGGAUCUCUGGCUGCAGUUGCGGUAACACCAUUGGAUGUUCUAAAAACUCGCAUUCAAACUCUGCAGAAAGGACUGGGAGAAGAUACCUACAAUGGAAUCAUUGACUGUGCCAGGAAGAUCUGGAUUCAUGAGGGUCCUUCCGCUUUUAUGAAAGGAGCAGGAUGUCGUGCCCUGGUGAUCGCUCCCCUCUUUGGCAUCGCCCAAGGGGUCUAUUUCAUUGGCAUUGGAGAAUGGAUCAUGAGCUUUUUCCAAUAAUACCAUCUUGCAAUUGAAGAAGACUCUGGAUUAAAUUUGCACAAAUUGCAAAUCAUCACUUGAAAAUCAACAGAACAGAACCAUCUUGUGAGCAUUUUUGGGGAUCGUAAACCACCAUCCAUGGAAGAUGGCCUAGAUGGAAUACCAAUCCCAGUGUUCACCUUUGCUUCUUUUUGUAUUCAGCAGAUGACUUUCAGCAAACUAGAAUAUAGACGCUGUGCUUCUAAAGACCACACAUUCUGGGUAAAUCUUCAUUGGAUUAAUUACAUCUGAUAGAGCAUUCUUUGAUUGAAAGAAUAUUUGAAAACUAUAGUAUCCGUAAAAACAACUGAAAUAGCAAAUACAAUACAGGUAGCAUUCAAUUUAAGACCUACCCAUUACAGUUGCAAGUAGUGACAGCUCAUAAAUGAUAUGGCCUUGCUUAAUAACUUCCACUAUCUGCUUGCCUUAAUGAGGCCAUUAAAUGAAUGCAUGAGUUGUUAAGCAGAGCACGGGGUACCUCGGAGGGAGGGGGAGACCCAGGACAGGUCCAGGCCUACCUGCCUAGGCUUCCCAAGCCGCCACUACCCCAAGGCAUCCCAUGUUCUGAUUCUUGGGGUCCCGGCAGGCCUUUGCUUCUCACCCAAAGGGGCAUAAGAUGGCUACUGGCAUGCAGGGGCUCUGAGGCCUUAUAGGCCGAGGCUUUCUUUUCACUCAGCCACCCAAGGAAUUUGGACUCUGCCUGUUCCUCAGCCACCUCCAAGGCCCAGCAGCACCCAAGUUAUCUUUUUUUUUAUUGCAAAGGCUCCCAGCUGAGGUGAUGCAAGGAUCAGUUUUCCUACAGAGGCUGUCCCAAGACAACCUUGGGCUAUUGUAUUCUGCAAGCAGGCA